AUGGGCCGCGCUGGGAGCUGCGGAUCCGGCUCGGCCCUCCGGCCUCCAUCUCCGCCGCGUGGCCGCGUGCUCUACCUGCAAAGAGGAGAGGGCUGCGCGUUACUGACCCUCUGCCCGCUUUGUUCAUUGCAGUACAUAGCUGUGCACAUCGUACCUGAUCAGAUGAUGUCCUUUGGGGGCUCCACGGAUCCCUGCGCUCUCUGCAGCCUCUACAGCAUUGGCAAAAUCGGAGGGCAGCAGAACAAGACCUACACCAAGCUGCUGUGCGAUAUGAUUGCAAAGCACUUGCACGUAUCUGCAGACAGGGUGUACAUCAACUACUUCGACAUAAAUGCUGCCAAUGUGGGCUGGAACGGUUCCACCUUUGCAUAGAGCUUUCCCUCCUGUGCCCAGAGGCUGCUCCCAUUCCUCCCCUCGUGCUGCCCGUUAGAGACCACCACACAGCUGGCCCUGUGCUGUUGUGUGCACUCACAGAUGGAUGGCUCCUCGUUAGUGUGUUUCAGUACUGCUGCUUCAACAUUCCUCUGUUUUCUCUGUGUAGAAAACAAAUAAAGAUUUAGAAA